AUGGUCGAGUCUCGCACUCGCGCGCUUUCCGCUCGUGGCCUCUGUAGUAUCGCAGUCAUUGCCGUCAUCUUCGUUGUCUUGCUAUUCCCCCGUCACCGUUCCGAUCCGCAAUGGGCCAACGUAGGCCACGCGUGGGGAGUCGACUGGUCAGCGUUAAAUGCUCGCGGAACGUGCCACGUGGACUUGGCGCAGUGCCACUCGGAGGCUACGUACUGGGAGAAUGUCCAACGGCGGAGCGAGAAGCUGAAGGGCGUGCUGCAGCCGUUGGACCUGGGCACGCGCGGCACGAAGCUCUUCAUCGUCAACCCCAUGUACGCCUGCCCCUUCGAGGAGCGCCUCGGGGACUGGGGCGACGGCGGCAAGUGGACGUGCAUGAUUCCGGGGAUCUUCCAGCGCAACACCACGGUCUACAGCAUUGGCAGCCGGGGCUCAUACGACUUCGAGGAGCAGUUCGCGAGGGCGCACGCGGGCGCCAUCUUCACGUUCGACCCCUUCCUGAAGCCGGCGGUGGAGGAGCAGAUGCGCGACCUGCCCUUCCUGAGCUUCCGCGCCAUCGGGCUGUCCGGCGAGGCGGAUCUGCAGACGUACCGCCGCAAGAACCCCAUGAAGCUCUUUGUGACGCUGGCGCGCCUGCUGGCGCUGAUGAACCACACGUACGUGGACGUGUUCAAGAUCGACUGUGAGGGCUGCGAGCUGGAAGUCAUCAAGGACAUGACUGCUUCGUAUGGCUCCCAGCCCGCCAAGCUCGCCAUCCAUGGCGGUGCGCUGCCGUUUGGGCAGAUCCUCAUGGAGUUCCACCACCUGCACAAGCCAGCACUUCUUCUCCCUGCCCUGUAUGCACUGGAGAAUCUUGGGUAUCGCAUGUUCCAUGCGGAGUUCAAUGCAAUCUGCCUCAACUGCGUGGAAAUCAGCUUCAUCCAUGAAGGGCUUCAAGCGCAACCGAAUUUUUACCAAUCCCCGUCCCUUGCAGCCAAAUGCGACUACACGGCGGGCAGGUGGAUAUACGCCGCGGAUCUCCCGCACUACUCUGGCAACCCCGCCAAGACGAAUUUCUGCCCGUUCAUCAGGUCGUCGUACAACUGCGAGCGCAACGGGCGGCCGGACUCGCUGUACAGGCAGCUGAAAUGGAAGGCCAAGGGGUGCGACAUGGAAUACUUCGACGCCGACGGAUUUGCCAAGAUGAUGAAAAACAAGCGCAUGCUACUGGUGGGCGAUUCCAUUAUGGGCAAUCUGUACGAGUCGCUGCUGUGCUCCAUUUACACGGGCGGACACGAGGCGGAGGUACGGGGAGGGAGGGGGGAAGCGGGAAUGGGGGAAGAUGAGGCAUGGGCGAGCGCAACACUAUCGCCCCUCGUUUCUCUCACCCAUUCUCCUCUCCUUGCCCUCGUGCCCCAUUCCUCUUCACCGCUCCCCGACCACUCACUCUUUCCUUUCUUCCCUCCGGACCCCUCCGCACUCCCCCGUAACCCCUCCGACCCACAGAGAGGCCACAAGCCGCUGAACAGCGUAAAGGCGAUUUUCUUCCCGACGUUCAACUUCAGCGUCGCCUACUACUUCUCGCCCUACCUCAUGGAUGCGUUCCAGCAGCAGGCCAACGGCGCCAAGCGCGGCGGCGCGCACGGUUACGUCGUGAACGUGACGUCAGUGCACCCCGUUGUGGUGCGCCUGCUGCCCAUGUAUGACGUGGCGGUCUUUUCGUCCGGCACCUGGUGGCUGCAGAACGUUCCGGGAAGGAAGCAGCCGAAUACUUUUAUGGUGAACGGGGUGGUGCAGCAGAACAUUACGAAUAUCGAGGCGCUUAAAACGGGGUUAAAAACCCUCGCGAAUCACGUGAAGCAGUCGAAUUUCUCGGGAAUCCCGUUCUUCCUGACCUUCAAUCCCAAGCACGGCCCCGUUAUGCGCACAGCACGGGGGGAUGGGGCGUGCGGCGCAGUGCAACCCAUCGGUCCGAAGGGCGCGUUCAAAUG